AUGAUCCUGUUCUGCUUGCAGAUGGCAAUCUCAGAAGAAGGGGUGCUAAUCUUGCAGAGCCCAACCCAGCUCUUCCUGGCCUCUGGAGGAACUGCCCAGCUGAAGUGCAGCAUUUUGGGAGAUGACUGGAGUGUCGUGUGGUACAAGGAGCAACCGGAUGGCAGCUUGCAUGGGAUCUAUCACAGCUCUGAGUUUGCAAGACCAGUUGGCAGGUAUUCGGGGACAAGGUACAAAACCACGAAGCAGUUCUCUCUCAUUAUUGAGCAUCUGCAGAGAGAAGACACCGGGGUCUACUACUGCAGCCUCUCUGAGUUCAAACAUGGGAGCUUUGGGGACGGGACCAGACUGAUUGUGCCUCCCCAGCCCAGCCUUGCCAUCCUGGCACCUCCCCCCUCAGAGGAGGCCAAUAUCCCAGGCCCUGUCCCCGUGCUCUGCCUGCUCUCCCCGCAUGCUCUGGGCUGGAAGACAACUCUCUGGGAUGUUAUGGAGGAGCCUCCAGAGCAGAUGGAUGCAGGAGCUCUGGAUGGGGAAAGCAUGUGGAUCAUGGCAUUGGUCCCCAAGGAGCGGUGGGACGCGGGGAAGUCCUGUACCUGCACAGCCAGAGAGGAGGGAACCGGGAGAAACAUCAGUGCUGCUGUAGCCAAGGGCACUGGUGCCAUGUCAGAGGGGCCCUGCUGGGUUGUGCACUGGGUGGGGCUGCCCUGUGUAUGCCUCCUCCUGCUGGUCCAGGGCCUCAUCCUGCUUUCCACCAAGUGCCCCAUCAAAGUUAAGGGGAGAGCGGCAGCACCGGGAAGUGAUGUGCGCCCACGCCAGAGCCCAGAGACAGAAUAUGCAGCUGUGAGCUACAGCGGCAGAAAUGCUGCUGCAUGA